AUGAACAUUGAAGAUAAGCUGGGAGUAUUGUUUCUUAAAUGUGGUAGCAUAGAGCCAAUGCCGUCAUCCAGGGAUAUGGUUGGAAUGGGUGCUGCAUCUGACCAGUCGGCAGUUCCUGUGGAACGGCAGGAAGCAGUGCUUCAAGACCGGGCUAUGGCGCACCAGGAAAUCCUUUCUGCAGAAGAAGUGCUACAGGAAAGUGAACUUCGACAGCAAGAAAUGAUCCCACACGAUGAACUCAUGGUCCACGAAGAGACGGUGAAAAAUGAUGAUGAGAUGGAGGGGCAAGACAGGCUUCCUCAAGGGCUUCAGUAUGCAGUCAAUGUCCCUGUAAGCAAUUUAUUUAGCACAGCCUGCACUUAAAAGUUGAGCAAAUCAUAUCUAAAGGUCUGCUUAAAAAAAAAAAAAAAGUAUGGCAGGAACAACCAAAUGAAAACUAAAAUAAAAGUAGUUCAUUACUCUGAGAAAAAAGAAUUGGAGGUUGUUGUUUUUUAACAACAACAACAAAAUGCUAUAAAUUCCAUGGCUUGUUUUAUCUCUGGUGCUGUUUGCACAGUUAAGGAGGUAAUAAGCUAUUGACUUAAAGUGUGGGCUAGGAAUAGAGCCAAUGGCUGAAUUAUCAGCCCCUGGUUCCCUUAUUUCUUCCUCUGUAAAAAACAGUAUAGUCAUAAUAGAUGUAUUUGCAAUCAGCAUGGGGGUUAUGCGCAAAGAAGGACUGCUUUUGGAUAACAAUCUUAAGCUUUCUAAAAAUCUUGGGAAUCUUUGAUGCUGUGAAUCAACCACUGUUUAUUUAGGAACACGUUCUCAUGUUUUAAUACACAUUUUAUACACUUUUUAAAUAUAUGUCUUACAUAGACGGUGCUCAUUUGACUUUAAGUGUCUGCAUUCUUCCUGCACAGGAGAUAAGGACUUGAAAAUGCUUCUGUUAUAUUCAAAGAAGUAGUGUGUGGUUGUGGUUCCUGCACUUCUAACACAGCUUAGUAUUGGUAUUUAAUGAUGUGGAUUGAAAAGCAAUGGAGUUUACACAGUUAAUUCUGCAUUUGUGAGGAAUAGCUUCUUAGAUUGCCGCUGAGUUAAAAUACGGUUUUACAUUGAUAGUGCUUUGUUGUAAGAAAGUAACGGGAACUUUAGAAAAGAAUGAGAUGCUUUCAAACGGUUAACAGAAUGAAAUAAUAAAUUUUCACUGUAGUGGAAGACUUUCAAGCAUUGAAAGUCAAUCAGCAACUUGGUUUGCAUCAGGUGUUUGGUUUUUUGGUCUGAUUCUAUAACAGAAUCUUGUUGCUGAAAGUACAGUUCGCAACCUUAGGGGAGAAAACUGAGGUGACAGAAGCUGUGUGUGUUUGAACAUGGAACAGCUCUAGUAACAAAAAACAAGGGGGUUAGGUGGGUGUCUGACUUUCACAGCAUAUGCAGGAUACUUGUGGUACACUGUCCUGCUCCAAGAGCUUUUGUUUCUAGCUGAGCCUGUGAUCUUGCCUGGGGGAAAACUGUUUGAAGGGAAGCAGGGAAGUAAGCUUUGGGGUAGGGAAAGGUUCCUGAUUCCUCAUCCACGUGCCCCUUUGAAGGAUGGCCCCUUCAAAUAGGUUUGAUAUUAUCAUGGUGGCUUUCUGUUCUACUGGCAGAAAUGAAUGUUUGAUUCACAGCAGGAGGAGACCAGAAUUUAAAAGAAGGGUUGAAAUUAUCAUAGUAGCUCUUUGGCAAAAAUGAGGGUUUGGCUUAGAACAGUGAAACUGUGGUUCAAAUGCCAACAUAACCAUAUCUUAAAUGAUAAAGGUUUUUUUUUGUCAGGUGAAAUUUCUUCGUUAAAUGUUAAAUUAUAUGUGGCAUGUAAUCCAAGCUUCUGUGCUUGAAGGUAUGAAAGGAGUACCAUAUUGGAAUACUCGCCACAAAUAGGACUUUUAAAAAUAGCCUCUCCCCCUCUUCCCCAAAACAGUACGAAGGGUAUAAAGUAAUCCCAGAUGUAUUACUAUUUUUGAAAGAAUUUGUUAAAAUGUGUCUUAUAUGUGUCAUAUGUAAUUAAUAUUAUCUGAUGCUGGCACUUCAUAUCCUAGCAGAUCAGCGUGAAACAAGAAAUUACAUUUACUGAUGUAGCAGAGCAGCAGAAAAGGGACAAAAAGCUAAUACGAGAGGGUUUAGAUAUGCAAAAGAAGAAGAAAAGGAAACAGCGUUCACCAGCAAAGGUAAGACAUUUAAUUUGAACCUUGAAGGCAACUGGAGAUUUUCCUUGAAUUUGCAAUUGGAAAUGAUAGUAUUUGGAAACCAUAGAUUCAACCACCUACUUUAAUCUCAAAGCCAAGCCACAAUAUAUUCAUAGCUUGUUUCUUUGAAAUUCUUUUCACAGCAUGAAUAUUUGACAUACUUUAACAUCUGUUUCCCAGGCAUCUCCUUCUCUAAAUAUUAUCUUUUGAUGAGUGUGUGGUUUUAAGGACCACUUAUCAAUUACGGAGACUGUUUAGAUUAAUAAUAAUAUUGGGCUUAUUUAAAUAUCAUAGUGUUUUUCUAACAACUUUGUUUUUAAUCAGACAGGUGCACAAGUGUUGAAAUUGAUUACUGCAUGCACCUGAAAUUAAAUGAAUGCCUUCCAUUCACAGGCUUCUAAUUUCAAAUGAGCCAUUUUAAUCUAAAAUUCAGUUUUCAGAGUUGCACAUCUUGAAUUUCCUCUCAGGAAGUGCAGCAAAAAUGCUAUGCAUGAAUUUUGAAGCAUAAAAUAUGAAGCAUUUGAAUAUAUUUUUAUUCAGCUUCCUGCUCUACAAUUGACACUUGCAAAUUCAAACUGAGUACUUGCCCACUGCAGUAUUAUUCUUGUUUUCAUUUGCAAUUCCUGAAGUUUAGUGAAAACUGAUUGGAAGCUAUUUUCAUGUACUUGUCUCAGUCAUAGUUUGAGAACCCCCUUUUUCCUUUAUUUCGUUGUAGAGGUUGUUCUUCAAAUCUUCCUAAUAUUGUAUAGUAAGAGAUCACAAAUUGACCAGAGAGAUUGAGAGCAGGUUGGGUACAUUGAGAGCAGGUUGGGUACUGGAGGGUCAUUUUCUAGUAUUGACUUUGAAGACUAUAACUACCUAGAGCAUGAACAUUAUAUACACUCCCCUGAGGAAAUGAAGUAUUAAAAGGGCCCAAUCUUAAGUGUUUGAAUGUGCAGUACUAGGUAUAAGUCAAGUUCAUAGCUGUAUAUCAAGAAAGGCAAUAUUUCUUUUGGAAGCAAGUAUAAUUAAUGGUGUAUUUUCUUUUUUGUGAAAAGAAAGUCAAACCAACCUACUAUAACUCGUUUAGCAACUGUGUUUCCCCCCCACCGCAAGGCGCAUGCUGGUGAAUGCCAAUUGUAUAAGGCACCCAAAUACCGUAGAACCAACAGGAUCUAUCAAAACAAGUGUUUUCUGCUGCUGUUUCUGAAUCCUAUUGAUCAGGAAUACCUGAAGAAAGAUGGGCUUUCUUCCAUGCAAAGAAUCAUUUGCAGGGGCACCUUUAAAAGGAUUACACUCACUUAGAACAAACUCUGAAGAACUGCACCAAUUUAAUGUACCCAAAGGGGCUUUAGGCUUGUGCUUCUUGAACAGCAGUUCUCUGUGCUGUUAAAAUGGAGGGAACAAAAGCAGCUUGUGAUAUAGCCAUGGGGUGGGUAAAAAAGCCCAUGGGAGCAUUUAAAGUAGCUACGAAUUGUUUAUCUUUAGAAUUUUAGAUGCAUAAUUGUACAGAACAGAUUUAUUAAAAGUCACAACAUACUACUGAAACAUGCUUUAACAGUGUCAUGUGUUGGCUUUGUUCAUGUCACAGUGUUUAGCUUAGCACAAAUGUGCGAGCCUGUGGGCUCCAGGAGAGGAGAUUGUAUCUGCUUUGCUUCUCCCUGAUCAUUUUGCUGCUGUGCCACCCAGACCGAAGCCAUAGGUGGGCUUAGCAUGUUGUCUAAAGCUGGGCUCAUGGUUUACUUCUCCCAGACAAAUACUGAACUAUAACCUAUAGAACAAGCCUUGGCUACAGCUCAUAGUUAGUCUGCAGAGACCUGAGCCACACCCCUGGAUUUGGACUGCACACUAAGAUAAACUAUAGUUUAGCUCAGUGUGAUACAGUAAAAAAAUGACCAGGGAGGAGUGACGUAAGAUUUUCUGUUAUUGUUGAGCCAUGGUUUUGACUUAGCAUGACAUGCAAACAGGGCUGUUGUAAUGGGUUAUUAAGACUGAAAAAUAUUAAGGUUAUCCUUAACUUUCUGCUGAGAUGGAAGAGAUAAAGUACACAAUUAUCAUUUCAUUAAUGCAUGUAAGUAAAAUUACCAAGCUACAAGUCCUGUCACCAGUAUGCUUGUAAAAAAAUAAUAAUAAAAAAUUGCAGUUGCUGGAUGUACUCCAUGUCUUGAGAAAUAAAAUGGAUAUAACAUGAGUGCCUCUAAAUUUUAUAGCUUUCUGUUCUUGCCCAACUGAGUAGAUUAAAGACUGAUUUAUAGUGCUACCAUUUGAGAAGAUAGUGGUCCUGUUUGUACACCAAUGGUUUAGUAUGAUGGGAGCAAAUGUCAUCCACUCUCAGGCUUGCAUGCUCCCUCCCCUCUCCUCUUCUCCUGUUGAAUAGCUAAAUGUAGAAACUUCUACUUCAGCUUUUCGUUAACUGCAGCUUCCUACGUUGUCUGAAUUGGAAUAUGUGGUUUUAACAUAACUGAAAUAAUGGUUAGUUUUGGGACAAGCCAACUUCAUUAUCUAUGGUUUGAAAUCGGCUAGUUCUGAAAUCUGCCAUAUUUAGUGUGAAACCACAAUUUGUGGUCUGAUGACACAGGAAGGUGCAGUUAACUAAGAGCAGAAAUAAACCCCUCUUGUCUGCCAUGUUAGAGAAAGAUGGGGACACAGGCAAACCUGGGAGGAUAGGCUUGCUCAUGUCACAGCUAACCGUAUUUUGAGUGACAACCAAACAUGAUCAAAAAUAUUCUGACUUGCUCUACUGAGAAUAAAUUUCUAGCACAGGCUUCCUCAACUUCAGCCCUCCAGAUGUUUUGAGACUUGACCACUGGUCCUGCUAGCUAGGGAUCAUGGGAGUUGUAGGCCAAAAACAUUCACAGGGCCGAGGUUGAGGAAGCCUGUUCUAGCACUUCUUUGGAUGUAUUAUGUGUAUUAUAUAUCACAAAUCUUGAAAAGCUAAGGUUCAAUUAGGUCAACUAAAAGAUAGUCAGUUGGUAUCUAUGUCUACAGUCUUCCCAUUUUACAUUGUGGUUUUGCCUCCAUUAUGUAUUCAUAUGAAUCUUGUAAUAUUGUUGAGAAAUUAAUGUGAGACUGAAUUUUGCCCUUUUAAAAAUAGAUCCUUACAAUAAAUGAGGAUGGAUCACUUGGUCUGAAAACUACCAAAUCUCACAUUUGUGAGCAUUGUCAUGCUGCCUUUAGAACCAACUACCAUUUACAAAGGCAUGUCUUCAUUCAUACAGGUACUGCUUGAAUUUAAGUUGUAUUUUAUAUUAUCUAAAAAUGGUUGGAUCUUUAAUAAUGCACUGAAUUAUGAAAAAUGAUGCAAACUUUAUAUUCCAAAGUGCAGGAAAUGUGGCAUCUAAGCUUAGGUAUUCCAUGCACCAAAGUGUCAAAAAAUACCAGAAAAGAAUUAGUGUCAUUUCUGUUAAUUUGAGAUUUACUGUGUUGCUUUGCUUUCUGUACAAGGAUGGGUUGGUAAGUCACCCAGUUUCCAGUUUUGUCUUGUUCAUAGCAUAGUCUCUGGGUUCUUAUUUUACCAGUGAUGGAACUCUAGUUGGAAUAGAUGAAAGAGUUUUACAGUACCUUAGAUGACAGCAUCCUGCCUGAUUUUGCUCAUGAGCUGCACUCCUCUGUUAGCAGCAGGUUCGCCGAAUUAAUAGCCUUUUUCUUUUUAGCCCAGGUAGUUUAGACAGACUUUUUUAUACUAAAAUAUUUUGGAAUUCAUUCAUAUGCUGGAUUCCAGUAGCCAGCUAUUUUAUUUCUCAGCAGAAUCUGUUAGAAACAAAUGUUUGUAGCUUUUAACUUACAGAUGUGGAAUUAUAUUGUUUAAGGUGAAAAACCAUUUCAGUGCAGUCAGUGCGAGAUGCGUUUCAUUCAGAAGUACCUGCUACAGAGACAUGAGAAGAUUCAUACUGGUGAGUAUAGUGCCUUGAGUUUCUUUUUACUGGUGUGUUUAAAGACCUGUUUCUGAAACAUGGCCAAGUAUUGGGUGAUUAUGCAGCUUCUGUUUUAACAUGCCGUUCAAGAAACUCUAGAAAAGAAUUUAGGUGUUUGCUUUAGCCUUGCCUUUUUCCUCCCUUGCCCCCAAGAAGUUACUGACAGCUGAUGUGAGCAAACCUUGAGAGAAAAAAUAUUUUUAUUGGGUAAGUGGUAAAUAGGAAUACUUCGAACACAAUUAUGGCCAAAAUGCCUGACCCCAUAGGUAUCUGAAACCUGUUAAAAAACAAAAAAAAGCAUACAGAAAAUUAUACAAGAGUAAGCAUUUUAGCAAAAGACAAAUAGAAAAAAUGAGACCCAAAGUUAAAGCAGGAUAGUUAAGUUUAUAUUGGUUUGUUUUAAAAUUUUACUUCCGGAAAACCACAUUCUGUAAAAAGACUUGGCUUUACUGGGUUUUUGGCAUUUUGGUGCAUGGCCUUUCAUUAUCUCUGCAAAUAUUUAGAAAUAUAGUCUUUUUUGGACUAGAUGCCAAUUUUCAGUCUAUAUUUCAGAAAAGUGGAGCUUGCAAAUAUGCUGAGUAUUGCUUGGUGAAAGGUUUCAUAUCUGUUCAAACUGCUGGUGCUGAUGUCUAGUACUUUAUGUGUAUGCAUGUAAACCUUGAGAAAACAAAACAUGACAGAAAAUUGCACAAAUACCCCGGUUGUCUUGGAAUGUUUGUAUCCGUGCUUAUCAUCAAACUAGCCUUACUAGUAUUUGGAUUUGCACUUUUGCUUAUACUUCUGUUUCUUUCAAGCCAUGUGUUUUUCUGUACACCCGGGCGUCUUGCUGCUGCUGCCUUUCAGUAUUGUUGCAUUCAGUUAUUUAAAUGAUGUGCUGUUGGGUAUGUUCUGCAUAGAGAAAGAAAUGCAUUUUCUUGAAUUUUAGGUUGUUUUUACUCUUUGUUUUUAUAUCUGUUUUAAAUUUUUGUAAGUCAGGUUGAGUUCAUUUUUGAAAAAGUGACUAAUAAAUAUAUAUUUUUUAAAAAUAUAACCCUGUUUCACAAUUGACGUCUGUGUAUUUUGUGCUUAUUGAACCCCAAAACAAAUAAGGGGGGGCACGGGAGAAGGAGUGGGAGGAGAGGUUCUGUUGCACAAGUGGAAAUCCAUAUACAAACAACAUGGCUUAUUUAAGUACAACCCAUAAUACAUUAAGAAACAAUGCAAAAAAUAAAUGGGCAGGAAUGAAAUAAAUCAGAUAUUGAAAGUAAUAUUACUGUUUUAAUAUACAAUCUACGAAACCUUUCUUUACUAUACUACACAAUUAUUAAUAGAAUAUAAACUUGCCAGUUUGACUGGUAUUACAUCUAUUCAUUAUAUUACUAAUUUUAUGAAGCAAUGCAGUUUUAGCCAUGGAAAAGUUUGUGAAAAGAAAGCUGUUUUUGGAAAAUAUUUCACUAUAUGCCAUUUUCUGAGAAUAAUUUUGCAUACUUCACUUUAAAAAUUGGAUAAUAUUUCUAGAAUGCCUUCUGUAUACUUAGUUCCACAGGCAUGCACUGAAUGUAUGUGAAUUGACUGGAGAGUGGCUUGGUUAUCUGCUCUGCAUACAUUUCAUUAAGAUUGUUGGGGUGUGGUACCUGUGGCACUGGUGUACCUGCCACCCUUGCAGGGCUGUUGCAGUUAGGCAGCCGAGCUGUGAUGGCUAGCUUGUUUGGUUAGUAGGCAAGCAAAGGAGCCUGUAGCCAAACAGAGGUCUGUUAAAGUGGUGGCAAGAGUCUCUUAGCUAUGUGAGCUAUUUCUUUUUUGAGCAAUUCUUCCCUCUUGACUCUGUAGUCAGGCAGCAAGAAUGGAGUUACACGGGAAACCAAAACACUGAGUUCAGCUAUUACAAAAAACCCACAUUACCAAUCCUAGUUUCUUGACCUUAAAGAAACCAUGCACAGACAAACCAGAGUUAAGCUAAACAAACCAUGGUUUAAUUUUUAGUCUGAACUGAGCCUAUGAGUUUGGUAGUAUGUUUCUUAUGUGUCAUUUGGCUACACCUACUUCAUCUAAAGUAAUUGUCAGUUUAAUGUUUCAUACUUUAAUAUAUAUAUAUAUUUAAUAUGUAAGUUGGAUCUGUGUAUCUUUUUAUAACUGUGUGGGGUGGUACUGCUUGCCAGUUAGGUUUGAUAACAUGAAAUAUAUAAUGUUGUGACUCCAAGUAUAUACGGUAUAGGAGAUAAGAAAGACAGGGCAAAGACUCAGUCUGAGGCUAGGGUGGACAAGAUACAACAUUAUUUUUUUACUUUCCAACAGAAAAUUGUAUCCCCUAGGGAACUGAAAUGCUUGGCUUUAAGUCAGCUUAGUCAUUAAGUCAAUGAGACAAAUUGGCUUCAAUACAAAGAAUCUUAACAUAACUGUGUAGUGGAUUAAACUAAUACAAUGAGCUAAGAUAAUACAGCAAUUUUGUGUAAAAGGAAAAAAAAUAGAUAAAGGGCAAGGAAAUUAUAAAAAAUGAUAUUGUUUUAUUUAUUAACAUGGAAAACAGAUAUUAAGCGCUACUUGUCUUUGAAACAAAAUUAUGGAACCAUCUAUGAUAUUAAAUAACAAAUAGUCUGAGUCUUUAUAAAAAAUCAUUGCUUUUAUAAAUAAAUAUUUUGUCAGAAUGAUUCAACUCUGAAUUUUAAUUAGCUAUUUUUAGCUUUUCAGUCUUUUUUUAGUCUUUGUAAAAGCGAGGAGCCUUAAUAUUCUCUAGUUCAUCGCUGCCUUGAAUACGAAGCAAUUCAAUACAAAGUAAUCAAAUACAAAGUAAUACAUGAGGUCUGUCUUUUGGCUUAUACUGUAUCUUUUUAGAGUUGCUUCACCUCUGUUGUGUCUUUUAUUCUUUGACCAUUCCUUAUUUCUUUACACAGUACAAACUUUUUACCUGGUUCACCUGUGCAUAAGAUUCCCAUUUGCUUUUCCCCCAGGAGUAGAAAGCAGGUUCAGGGAGAUCCAUGGUAUACUGUGUAUAAAUCUGUCAGUGCACUAGCCAGAUGAUACUUUUAUCCCUGGGAAGGGCUAAGGAACCAGCAGAUACCUCAUUCGGUAGAGCAUAAGACUCUUAAUCUCAGGGUCAUGGGUUUGAGACCACGUUGGGCAAAAGAUUCCUGCAUCCCAGGGGCUUUGACUACAUGACCCUUGUGGUCCCUUCCAACUCUACCAUUCUAUGAUUCUGUUAUACACCUUCAGCUAACUAAAUAAAGGAUCAGGAUAUUUAUUGCUAUAAGUCAGCAACUAGCUCUUCCAGUUUUAGUUAUUUUAUCUUGUUACAAGGAUGCUUAAAAAUGUGAUAUUAAAUAAUAGCACUUUAUGUGAACAUGCUUGUGGCUGGUCUGAAAAAAAUGAGACAAGUUAAUCACAAGGGCAUAGAAAAUUACAGUGGUACCCCGCAAGACGAACGCCUCGCAAGACGGAAAACCCGCUAGACGAAAGGGUUUUCCGUUUUGGAGGCGCUUCGCAAAACGAAUUUCCCUAUGGGCUUGCUUCGCAAGACGACAGCCCAUAGGAAAUCUCAGGGACAGCGGGGAAGCGCAGCGCGUCUUCCCCACUGUCCUCGGACCUCCUCCGAAGCCUGGCGGCGGGGCGGGGACACCUCCUCCCGCCGCCGCCGGGCUCGGAAGGCUCCUCCGGCCGGGCGGGGGAGGGAACACCUGCCGCCGCCGCCCGGCCCGGAGCGGUGCUCCGGCCGGGCGGGGGAGGGAAGACCUCCCCGCCGCCCGGCCUCGAACGGUGCUCCGAGCCGGGCGGUGGGGAGGAAGACCUCCCCGCCGCCCGGCCCGGACGGUGCUCCGAGCCGGGCGGUGGGGAGGAAGACCUCCCCGCCGCCCGGCUCGGAACGGUGCUCCGGCCGGGCGGGGGAGGGAGACCUCCGCCGCCGCCCGGCCGGAACGGUGCUCCGAGCCGGGCGGGGGGAGGGAAGACCUUCUGAAGGCGGGCGGGGGCGAAAGUCCUUGCUCCCCUGCCUGCCUGUCCCGGAGGGCUUUUGAAGGCGGGGAGCAAAGACUUCGCCCCCGCCCGCCUUCAGAAGAGGUCCAGGACCUCUUCUGAAGGCUGGCGGGGGCAAAGUCUUUGUCCCCCUGCCUGCCUUCCCAGGGGCUUUAAAUUGCCCCGGACAGCGGAGAAGUCCUCCGCUGUCCCGGGUGAUUUUAAAUGCCGCCCGCCAGCAUUUAAGAUCGCCCGGACAGCGGAGAAGUCCUCCGCUGUCCCGGGUUUUAAAAUGCUGGGGGUGGGAAGAAAAGCCCUUGCCCCCCAGCCUUCAGAAGAGGUCCGGGGACAGACUGUCCCGGACCUGGUCUGAAGGCGGUUUCCCUAGGAACGCAUUAAUUGAUUUUCAAUGCAUUCCUAUGGGAAACCGUGCAUCGCAAGACGAAAAACUCGCAAGACGAAGAGACUUGCGGAACGAAUUAAUUUCGUCUUGCGAGGCACCACUGUAAUUCUCUUCAUAAACACAACCUUUUUGUCAAUACGAGGAGCUUUUACAUGCAGACUUUUUCACUUUACUAGUACAUACUGGCAACUUAUUGGGGCUAGUGUGUUACAGUGUUAGACUAGAACCUGGGUGACCAAGGAUCAAAUCCCCACUUGACCAUAAAGCUCACUGGGUGACCUUGGGCCCCUCACUGCCUCUCAGAUUAACCUACUUCGCAGGAUUGUUGAUUAAAUGAGGAGUGAGAGAACCAUGUACAUCAGCUCCUUGGGGAAACGGUGAGAUAAAAAUACAAUAAAUAAUAAUGAAUAAAAUACUGGAAUGAAAAUGGAAAUUUAUUGUUUUAUUUGUUUUCCUCUAGCUCUGAUUGUUAUGAAUGUUGGGACAUUCUUUUUUGAUGGGCUAGUUUAUUUUUUAUUUGAUUCUCUUCCACCUCUACUCAAUAUUUGUGUGACUCUUUUAACAUGUUUGGAGUGAUGAGCCAUAUGAAAAAAUAUUGGUGUGUGGUCAGACCUAUAUUUUGUUUACAUCCAGCUGAUCAAAGCAAUGCUUUGUAAGUUUUUUGUUAAGUAAAUCUAAAUAAUAGCAUGGUGGGGAGAGGUAUGAGACUAUCUGUCUUCUCCUUUUUUUCUUAAACAGUACUUCCUCUUUUCAUUUUUAUUCUUAGGUGAGAAACCAUUUCGAUGUGAUGAAUGUGGCAUGAGAUUUAUACAGAAAUAUCACAUGGAAAGGCACAAGAGAACUCACAGUGGAGAGAAGCCUUAUCAGUGUGAAUACUGCUUGCAGGUAAUUUGAGAAGGAGAAAGAAGGGUGUUUAAGGGAAUCUGUUUUUACAAUAUCGUGACAAUUGUGAUUCCAAGUUUCAAAACUUUGAGGUAAGAUGGCACUUUGGAUUGUCUUCUAAAUACCAUACGUUUCAUUGUGGAUUUAAUUAAAAGCAGUUUUUAAAAAACUUGAUUUUAUAGAUAUAUAUGAAAGAAAUUAUGGCUCUCCGGUAUGAAAAGAACAUUUACCCAUUGAGAAACUUAAGUUUUUAGUUAUCUAAAAUAUGCAGAAUUAAUAAGGACAGAUACUUUGAAACAAAUUAAUGCUAAUUGGAGGGGUCAUUUAGGUUUCUGUCCUUUUGUCUUACCUUUCCCACAGUUGCAGGUAUGUGAAGUAGCAGGAGGGGCCCUUAUGUACUGCAGUAGGCUCCUAUAGAUCAAGAACAAAGGGUUGGGUUUGUUUGAAUAUUAAUAUUGACUCUCACAUCUUCUGACAUGGUAACGUUCUCACUUUGUGACAUGUGACCAUUUUUUAAUUCCCAAAAUCACUUAUGACAGGGUUGGGGAACCUCAAGCUCUGGGUCCAAAUUUGUCCCCUUCAGGCCUCUCUAGUUCUCCCUCAGGACUCUUACUUCACCAACCAUCUCCCCACAUCAGCCAUAUUUGAGCUUUUGCCUGACUGAAAUUUGCCCCUGAACUAUGAUAUUGCCUCUUGCUUGCUUGCGUGGAUGGUGGGGUGGGUAGGUGUGGAAACUUCCAGUUUUUGUGUGGCUGGAAUGUGGUCUACUAUAGAAAGCUAAGAAUCACAUCCAUUGAUGUGCCCCCUUGUUUGCCUCUGGCCUUGCCCAUGCCACCCCAGAGCAUUCUCCAUGAGAGAAUAGGACCCUCAGGCUGAAAAAUGUCCCCCACCCUGACUUAGAAGGACUUUAUCAUGUGAAAAAAUGUGAAUUGACCAAAAGGCUGCAUGGCUUUUCUCUAACCAAAAAUGUCCUCUGCAGUUCUUCUCAAGGACUGACCGGGUGUUGAAACACAAACGUAUGUGCCAUGAAAACCGUGACAAGAAACCCAACAGAAGUGCCACCAAAAUUGGCCUUUUGACUCCUGAUGAUGAUCAAGGCUUCCCAAUGCCUUUGAAGGACAGCUCUUUGCCAAAGAAGAAAAGGCAAAAAACGGAGAAAUUGAAGUCUUCUGGGCUAGAUAAAGAAAGCGGGGCAGAUAAAUCUGAGCAUAAGAAAGAUAAGAAUGAUUUUUUGCCUUUGUAUGCUGGCAGCGCUAAGAUCAAGGAUGAGUAUAUGGUGGCUGAAUAUGCAGUGGAGUUACCACAUUCUUCCGUCAGUGGAGGGCACCUACAGGAAGCAAAUUCUGGAGAAAUACACCCACCUAAACUGGUGCUCAAAAAAGUUAACAGUAAGAGGAGCCUAAAACAGCCACUAGAGCAAAGUCAGACCAUUUCAUCUUUAGCGUCUUACGAAGACAGCAAGGUUUCUAAGUAUCCCUUUGAUCUUGUGGAUAAACAAGGCCUGUUGGACUCUGAAGGCAAUGCUGACAUUGACCAAGUUGAUACUUUGCAGGAAGGCCCCAGUAAACCUGUACACAGCAGCACAAACUAUGAUGAUGCAAUGCAGUUUUUAAAGAAGAGGCGGUAUCUCCAAGCAGCUAAUAGUAAUAGCAGAGAAUAUGCCAUGAAUGUAGGCACCAUUGCCUCUCAGCCUUCAGUCACACAGGCUGCUGUGGCCAGUGUCAUAGAUGAAGGUAGCACAGCCUCAAUACUGGAUACAUCGGGGCUGAAUGUGGAGAUUAAAGGCAACCAUGACAAAAAUGUCAUUCCAGAUGAGGUACUUCAGACUCUCUUAGACCAUUAUUCCCAUAAAGCUAAUGGCCAGCAUGAAAUAGCUUUUAAUGUGGCUGAUACGGAAGUGACCUCUAGUAUAUCAAUCAAUUCUUCCGAGGUGUCAGAAGUCACACAAACUGAGAAUGUUGCAACAAGCUCUCAAGGUUCCUCAUCCGAUAAAGCCAGUAUGUUACAGGAAUAUUCCAAGUUUCUUCAGCAAGCUUUGGAUAGAACUAGCCAAAAUGAUGCCUAUUUGAACAACCCAAGCCUUAAUUUUGUGAGUGACAACCAGACUCUUGCAGGGCAACCAGCGUUCUCUUCUAUAGACAAGCAGGUCUAUGCAUCUAUACCGGUCAACAGUUUUCGAUCAGGAAUGAAUUCUCCAUUAAGAACAACUCCAGACAAGUCUCACUUUGGACUUAUCGUUGGCGAUUCCCAGCACUCUUUUCCCUUUUCAGGUGACGAGCCAAAUCAUUCUUCCUCAUCCUCUACCCAGGACUUUCUGGAUCAAGUUACUUCUCAGAAGAAGGCAGAAGCACAGCCUGUCCACCAAGCAUAUCAAAUAAGUUCCUUUGAGCAACCGUUCAGGGCUCAGUACCAUGGAACAAGAGCUGGAAUAUCAUCUCAGUUUAACACUGCUAAUGGGCAGGUGAACCUGCGGGGACCAGGGACAAGCGCCGAAUUCCCAGAAUUCCCUUUGGUGAAUGUAAAUGAUGCUCGAGCUGGGAUGAACUCUUCACCUGAUGCCACAACAGGCCAGACAUUUGGCUAA